AUGGAGAAUGGUGCUAUCUCUCUCUGUACGAAGCUGGUAGCUACAAAGGCGCAGGACGACAAGUUGAUGAGCUGGCUCAAGUCUGACAUCAAAAACAAGAACUGGGUGAAGUGCUACACGAAGACCACGCGAACCAGCAACAAACAAUGGGUCAGCAAGUGUGGUGGCAAGUGGAACCUACUGACCCUCAUCAAGACCAGCGGAGGCAAGGUGAUCGGUGGUUACAAUUAUCAGUAUUUCAGGACGAGCGGCGGCAAUUACGUCGGCGACACUAAUGCCUUUCUGUUUUCUUUGUCGAACCUGCACAAACACUCGGGCAACCAGAACGUCGGUUCAUAUGGCAUCUAUUACCAUGCGACUGCUUACAGUGCGUGCUUCGGUGGCGGACACGACCUUUGCGUGCCUCUAGAUGAAAGCAGCAAGGCUUGGA